AGUUCAGAUGAUUUAAGCAGCAGCUCCUGACAGCUGAGAGCUCGAUCAUGAUGGUUUCUGAUAGUUUGUACUGUACGCUGUGGAUGUUAUCGUUUUUUGGCCAGUAUUUAGGGGAAGACCUGCAGUUUUCUGGUCCUUCUAAUGGAGCCGUAGGAGGAAGUGUGGUGUUCGCUCCUGAUAAUCCACCCUCCACAUCAAUUGAUGCAGUUCAGUGGCAUUUUGGAACAGCUAUUAUACUGACAGCACAGUCUGAUUCAACUACAAUAGUCCCAGAAUACAGAGACAGAGUCAGUUUUGACAUAAACACUCUCGCUCUGGUGCUCUGGUACCUGAGACUGGAUGAUUCUGGAAUAUACAGACUGACUGUAGUGCCUAGUGCUGGAGACCAAUUUACAGGAGAAACUUCACUACAAGUGUUUGAAAAUAUAACCAAUGUCAGGCUUAUUGGUCCAGAAGAUUUAUUAAUAGAGGGAGAAUCAUCUGCUAACAUCAGCUCUGAGGGAACUGGCAGCAUCACCUCUGUGCAGUGGAUGAAAGAUAACAGUCCUCUGUCUCCUAGCAACAGCAUCAUCUUCUCAUCUGAUAACAGAUCAGUGUCCAUCAGUCCAGUGCAGAGAUCAGACAGUGGAGAAUAUCAAUGUACAUAUAGAAACCCUAUCAGCUCUGAGACGGCCAAACUCAGCCUGAUCAUCAACUAUGGACCAGAAGAUGUUUCUAUUAAGGGUGAGGAUGUGGUGGAUUUAGGGGUUCGUGUGUCGCUCUCUUGCUCUGCAAAUUCUGAACCUGCUGCCUCGUUCAGCUGGAAGAUUAAUGGAACAGACACUGAUGUGACCACAGACACAUUCAUCAUAGAUGAGACUGACUUCACACACAGUGGAGAUUACAUCUGCACAGCCUGGAAUAAUGUCACAAAGAGAAGCGCCUCACAAAAACAUGCUUUACUAGUUAAAGAAGGAGGUGGAGGACUGACAUCAGGGGAGAUAGCUGGGAUUGUCAUUGGGGUUUUAGUGGCAGUUGCAGGCAUUUGUGGUCUGAUUUUCUAUUUAACAAAAACUAAGAAAAUCUCAAAAAUAAACCUUCGACAAAAUGGACCGGCAAGAGGAG